AGAGGCCGGAAAAAAGGCUCCACGUGACCCCUCCACUGCCUAGCUAAAAGGCAGCGCUUUUCGAGCUGCGGCGCUUUGGUCUGGCUUUUGCCUCCAGUCCACCCCUGCUCCGCCAUGUGUGCUGCUCGGCUCUCCACGGCGGGACGGGCCACCGUGUACGCCUUCUCCGCGCACCCGCUGGUCGGCGGGGAGCCGGUGAGCCUGGGCUCCUUCCGGGGCAAGGUGCUACUCAUUGAGAAUGUGGCGUCGCUCUGAGGCACCACCACCCGGGAUUACACCGAAAUGAACGACCUGCAGAGGCGCCUCGGGCCCCGCGGCCUGGUGGUGCUCGGUUUCCCGUGCAACCAGUUUGGACACCAGGAGAAUGCCAAGAACGAAGAGAUUCUGAAUUCGCUCAAGUAUAUCCGACCUGGUGGCGGGUUCGAGCCCAAUUUCACACUGUUCGAGAAGUGCGAGGUGAAUGGUGCGAAGGCUCACCCGCUCUUUGCCUUCCUACGGGAGGCCUUGCCAGUGCCCAGUGACGACCCCACUGCGCUCAUGAACGACCCUAAAUCCAUCAUUUGGUCUCCAGUGUGCCGCAACGACAUUGCCUGGAACUUUGAGAAGUUCCUUGUUGGGCCUGACGGUAUUCCGGUGCGUAGGUACAGCCGCCGCUUUCGGACCAUCGACAUCGAGCCUGACAUAGAAGCCCUGCUGGCUCAGCAGCCCAGCAGUCCCUAAGGCGCUUCUUUUAUCCGGGCUUGGCAGUGGCUGGUUGCACUCUGGGGGGUUUCGUCCAUGAUGGUGUUUCCACUAAACUUGCAUGGAGGAACACCUGAUUUCCAGGAAAACCCCCUCAGAUGGGCACUGGUCCAGUCCAUCCCUGAGAAGCCUUUUUUCACCACUAAUAAAGUGCUGAGUGUCACAGAACUGUG